CGCGAGCCACCGCGGGCGGCAAGCGGAGGGGUCUGAACCGUCAGUAAAGGCAGCAAAGUAACUGAAACCGUCACCAAGAUGUCAGCUGACAACUGUCUGAACACCAAGCACAACACGGAAGACAACAAACUGGUGAGACCUAAAGUUGAGUUCCAUUCGCUGUUACAGCAUGCGGGAGCCACUAAAGAUGUUUUUACAAUGAAGGAGGUGAUGUUCUAUCUUGGUCAGUACAUCAUGCAGAAGCAGCUCUAUGACCAAAGAGAACAACACAUAGUCCACUGUUCCCAUGAUGCACUGGGGCAAGUUCUGGGCGUUGACAGCUUUUCUGUUAAGGAGCCCCGCAUUCUGUUUGCCAUGAUCACCAAGAACCUUGUGGCCGUUACAACUCAAGACGCACAGCCCAGCUUAUCACAACAACACAGCCAGACCGACAGAGGAAAAGAGGAGGCGGAGUCAGAGAGUUGCUCCUCUUCUGGGAGGAGCAGCAGCAGGAGGAGGAGGAGACGGAACAGAAGGAGCAGUGAUCCAGGUCCUUCUCGCUGUGCAGAGGAUGAGGAAGAGGAGGAGGUGGGGGGCAAGAGGAGGAGGUCUGACAGUUACUCCUUGACAUUUGAUGACAGCUUGUCUUGGUGUGUGAUUGGUGGGCUUGGAAGUGGGCGGGACCGGCACAGCAGCCAAUCAUCUGAUAGUCAUAGCACAUCUGGCAGGUCGGAGGUGAGUUCAUCUGACAGCGAUAAUUUCAGUGUGGAGUUUGAGGUAGAAUCCAUCGACUCUGACAACUAUGAUGAUGAAGAUGCGUCUUUAUCAGGAGAAGACCAGGUUUAUGAGGUCACCAUCUUUGAGACAAAUGAUUCCUCUGAUGAAGACACUGAGAUCACUGAGGCUGACUACUGGAAGUGUGUUAAGUGCCAGGAGUUGAACCCUCCCCUCCCCAGGAACUGUAACCGCUGUUGGGCUCUGCGUCAGGAUUGGCUACCUGAGGUGUCUGUCAACAAAACCAACCCCGCCUCCUCUGAGUCCAAAGCCCUGCCCCCUAAACCUUCGGCUGACCAAUCAGUAGCAGGAGAAUCUCCAGGAGUGGAGGCUGAGGAGAACGAAGGACUGGACGUUCCAGAUGGGAAGAGAGCUAAAACUCCUCCUCUUCCCCUGACAACCUCUCCAUCCGAGUCCUCAUCCAACCCAAACUCUCAGGAGCUCCUCUUCUCCUCUCAGGAGACACUCACCACUUCCGACUCCCCGACUUCUCCCCUCCCUUCCUCCUCAAAUUCUAAGGAGCUCCUCCCUUCCCCCCUCACUCCCUCCAUCCCUGAGCUGGAGCGCUUCAACUCCAUGGAGACCAGACUCCCGGAGGCAUGUCUGGAGCCCUGUGUCAUCUGUCAGUCCCGGCCAAAAGACGGCUGCAUAGUCCACGGACGCACCGGCCACCUGAUGGCCUGCUACAUCUGCGCCAAGAAGCUGCAGAAGAGGAACAAACUGUGUCCGGUCUGCAGGGAACCCAUCCAGAUGGUGGUCCUCACCUACGUCAGCUAAGACCCAGCAGAACCCAUCAGCGUACCUCCCAAACACAGCCGACCUCACCGAGUUUGUUUCCUCAAUGAGAUCUUCCUUAUGUGAAACUCUGUGUCAGUACUCACAACAGACAAUACAGCUAACAAAGGAUAACGAUUAGAAGAAUAUGUUCAAUAUUAUGUCUGUUCCACAUGGCUGAUUACUCCAAUGAGGUUUCUCUGUUCAUUCACUUAUUCUCACACAACACAUGUCAGUCUGGAAUCUGGAACGCUGCAUUUUCUGAAUCCCAUGAGACCCAAUGAAAAGUAAGAUGAGCAGUCUCACACAUGCACGUACACACACUGACCUACAUGGGCCGUGAAGGAUUUAAGGUGUUUUUGUUUUGUGUUUGAAGUGUUUUAAUUUAUUCUACUUGCAUAGAGAAGGAAGCUGGUGUCUAUGUGAGGUCUGUACAGAGCUAAUGAGACGUUAUCUUUCUAUCUUGUCUGAACCAGAAUAAAGUUUAUUUAAUGCU